AUGGGAUCAUUCAGUCCGACUGGUGAUUGGGACCGGGUGUUCGACAAAUCAGUCUGCAUCUCAUUGCCAUUCUCAUCAUCAGUGAUGGAGGCACUGAAAAAAGUUGAGCAAAAUCCAUCAUUUUCAACCGUCCAUCUCUUCUAUGCCGCCUGGUCAAUGGUCCUUUCAACGUUGUCGGGAGAAGACGACGUCUCAUUUGGUAUUUUUGACCCAGCUGGAAGUUCAACAAGGUUGAAGGAAUUGAGACUGCUAUCCCUUCAGAUGGAAAAGGAUAUGUCUGUUCAUGACCUAGUAGCCAUAAUUCAGACGAAAGGCGAGGGCGAUUCAAGGAGCCCGGGGCUUGAGGAUACUGUAGAAUCGGUGGCACUGCAGUUUGAUUCAAAGUAUACAUCUAACAUGGAUCAAGAGUACAGUGCUUUGCACAUACAGAAGGUAGCAACUUCUUUGAUCCUGUGCAACCUGAUAGCAUGUCUACGCGACGGACAGAUCCUGCAAAUAGCUGGAAAUAACGCAUAUUAUGAGAUAUCUGCCAUUGAAUCCAUAGCCUCCUGUACGGCCCAAGCACUCCUCUCGAUGGCCUCGGAUAUCAACCGAAACUUGAGCUCCGUCUGUCUGGUCGAUAAGGCCGGACAGCAGUCUAUCAUCUCCCAGAACAACAGAGCUCCGGAUGCGAUAGAACGCUGCCUGCAUCAUCUCAUCGAGGACCAAGUCAAAAUGCGACCGAAAGACGACGCCAUCAGGUUCGGAGGCCGUGUGUUCUCCUACCAGGAAAUGUAUGAGAUGAGCUCCAGGCUGGCGGAGCAUCUCGUUGCAAGGGGUAUCAAACCUGAAACAGCGGUGCCGAUCUGCUUCGACAAGUCUGCACUCGCAAUCAUAUCGAUCCUCGCGGUGCUGCAGGCAGGUGGAAUGUGUGUUCCUUUGGAUCCCUCUCAUCCGGCUGAGCGGUUGUUGGAGAUAAUUGCCAAGUGCAAAGCAAAGCUCAUCCUCGUAUCUGCAAGUCAUGCCACUCUCAUCAAGCCCCUAGCUGAGCCAGUCAUCGUGGAGGAUCAGCUGUUCGCUGAGCUUCCUUCGAGCAGCCACAGCUGUCCAGGGCCGCUGGUGGUUCCUGAUAGCGCCGCGUUUGUCAUGUUCACGUCCGGAAGUACGGGAACUCCCAAGGGCGUUGUGAUUGAACAUCGCGCGAUUACUACCAGCAUCAAGAGCAACGCACGAUUCCUGCGUAUCGACCAUCACACGCGAGCUCUGCAGUUCGCCUCUUACACCUUCGAUGUGGCAAUCGAAGAGAUAUUCACACCUCUCAGCCAGGGGGGCUGUGUCUGUGUGCCUACAGAGCUGGAAAGAGACAAUGGCCUCGCAGAUUUCAUCGCGAAACACCAGGUUACCUGGGCCGACAUGACGCCCACCGUUGCCAGCGCACUGCUGAAGCCAGAACAGGUUCCUAGUCUCCGGACGCUCGUUUUGGGGGGCGAGACUGUCAGCAGCGAGGUUGUUAAGACCUGGAAUGACCAGCUGGACCUAAUCAUCAUGUACGGCCCGGCGGAGUGUGCUAUCAACUGCGCCGGCAAUGACUCCGUGGACUCUAAGAAAGGUGGCCAGCAUCUUGGAGCAGCACUGUCCUCUGUGCUCUGGGUUGUUGAUCGCAACAAUCAUCAUCAGUUAUGCCCCAGAGGUGGAGUUGGAGAACUGCUGGUCGAGGGGCCAAUCCUGGCCAGGGGCUAUCUAGGAGAGCAGCAGAAAACUGACGGCUCAUUUGUUACGGACCUUAGAUGGACUGGUGGUGGCAAUGGAAGGCGAUUCUACAAGACGGGUGACCUCGUCCGCCAUAACUACGACGGAUCCUUGGAUUUUGUUCGCCGUAUGGAUGGCCAGAUCAAAGUCAGAGGGCAGAGAGUUGAGACCGAAGAGAUCAAGGCAUGCCUGCGCUCUCUGCUCUCCGAAGAUUGGAGCAGUACUGUCGACCAGUUGACCAUUGAUAAAAGACGCGUCUUAUGCCUUUUUAUUUGCAAUGGAUCAGCUAUUGGUCAUGGUGUUCCCGACCUGGAUGAGGGAGAUUCAGCCAUCGCGAUGUGUGAACAGAUACCAAACUUCCUUGCUCAGCGACUUCCAUCGUUUAUGGUACCAAGCCUAGUAGUAGCCCUUCGAUUUACUCCUACCCUAGCCUCGGGGAAGUUGGAUCGACGAAGUCUUCAAAAAGUUGCUGGGACAGUAGUGGCACAGCACAGUCGGACAGACAGAAGCAAUGGAGUCGACGUCGAUAACUUUACGGGUACCCAGCAGCGACUUCGACACCUUUGGGCUACUGUUCUAAAUGUUCCUCUGGAGACGAUAGGGAGAGACACAAACUUCUUUAUGCUUGGAGGUGAUUCGUUGCUAGCCAUGAAGCUGGUAUCUACUGCGUCUGCAGCCGGAAUACACUUCACGGUGAAAGAUUUGCUACAAGGUCCGACAUUUGGCCAGCUAUCACAAUUGGUUGAAUCCGGAGCUAUAGAAGAACGAAGGCAGUACACCUCAACGCUUACUUCAUCAUCACUAAAGGAUUAUGAGGUUGCCAGCGUGGAGGCGGCAGAGCAAUGCAAAGUCUCAUUGUCUAGUAUCGCCAACGUUUUCCCAUGUUCCCCUUACCAGGAAGGGAUAUUUGCUCUCUCUCAAAGCAUACCAAACUCCUAUAUUGCCCGGUUUGUAUUCCAUAUCCCUGAUACCCUGGAUUGUGGACGAUAUUUCCAUGCAUGGAAGGAUGUAAUCUGCGCCCACGAAGUUCUACGAACACGAUUUUUUUACCAUGAGGGAAAGCUUCACAAUGCUGUUUGGGGCACUGCUAUAGAUCCAAUCAUCGCUACUGAUCUUCACCAGUAUCUUGAAAGUGACCAGUCCCUCGCGAUGGAUAUAGGCUCACCCUUGCUGAGAUACGCUCUAGUUGGUGACCUAACUACUACAAAAUCACUGGUUCUCACAAUUCAUCAUGCUAUUUAUGAUGGAUUUUCACUUGACUUGCUACUGGAAGAGGUAGAACUUCGAUACAAGGGAGAGACGAUUUCACCUGCACCUCAGUUUAGUGAAUAUAUUCAUGCCUUAACAGAUCACAACGUUGAUUCUGACAUUCUCUAUUGGAGAGAGUAUAUGGAUGGAGCCAUGCCUAAGCAAUUACCCAGUGGGACCAAUAUAUCUUACAGCAGAAAUGUAAAGUCCAUAUCGAAAGGAAAUGCUAGCUUAGAAUCUGCCAACUCCGGUGGAACAACAAGGGCAGCGCUCGUGCGGGCAGCAUGGUCCAUGGUAUUAUCUCUCUAUACUGUGUCGGAGGAUGUUGUGUUUGGAGAGAUAUUGGCAGGGCGAUAUAUAGAUCUUCCAGGCAUUGAUAAACUUAUUGGCCCAACUAUGUCAACUGUUCCUGUCCGGGUGAAGCUCUGCCGUGAGCUGACCGUACAGGAGCACUUAGAUAACAUGGCUCUAGAUUAUCUCAACUCCAUGUCUCAUGCGCAGAUCGGGCUCCAAGGAAUCAGGGCCGCGAUAUCGAAUGGGACAUUGUGCGACUUUGAUACCCUCCUUGUGAUCCAACCAAACCCCUUGGGCCACGGAAUCCGGGAAUGUCCACUUCCUGCAUUCGUCGAUGAAAGAGAUCGAUCAACGUUCUCCGUGACCAUGGAGUGUACCAUGCUGCAGGACAGCGUGGAGCUAGAGGCUCACUACCUCUCUGACAGGAUUGAUACGGAACUAGUCAAGUCACUCGUUGAUUCAUUUGUGGAUACCGUUGAGAAACUGAGCAAGAACUUGUUGACAAGAAUUGAGGAUGUUUUACCUGAUCUAAUACCAGAUACUAAUGGGCAGAGGACAACGGAACCAUGCCCACCAAGAAUAAACCGGUGCAUCCACGAAAUAUUCCAAGACAGAGCAUCACAGCAUCCUGAUGCAUACGCAGUUGAUUCUACAUGCCUUUCCAAACCCAUUACUUAUUCUGAACUUAAUGACCUUUCAGAUAAGGUAGCUUUAUACCUACAGCAUUUAGGAAUUCAACCCGGAGAGAUUGUGCCUUAUUGCCUUUCAAAAUCCGCCCAAGUCGUGCCGACUUUGCUUGGAGUUCUUAAAUCCGGUGGUGCUAUUGUAGCACUUGAUCCAAGAAACCCAGCUGAAAGAAUGACGGAGAUUGUCCAAGAUACGAAUGCUAGGUUUGUUAUCACAGAAGAAGAACAAGCAGACAAACUUGAUCACCUACAAGACCAUGUUCAAAUAAUUGAUAUAAAAUCUCUCUUCGGGCAUGGCAUGUCCGGUGAAGUGAAGCCACAGUCUACUCCGACGAGCCGUUGCUAUGUCCUGUUUACAUCUGGAAGCACUGGUAAACCAAAAGGAAUCGUGAUUCAGCAUUCUGCAUAUGCUACAAGUGCUCAUUAUCAUGCCCCUGCUAUGGGGAUAACUCAAAAUUCCAGAGUACUGCAGUUCGCUGCACAUACAUAUGAUCUUUGUAUCGGAGAAAUUUUUACUACGCUCCAGGUUGGAGGUUGCAUUUGCAUCCCAACAGAGUAUGAAAGGCUUAAUGAGUUGGCAGAAACUAUCACGAGUCUUCAAGUUAACUGGGCCUUCCUUACCCCUACAGUGGCUGCCACACUUGACCCAGAAGCUGUUCCCACUCUAAAGACACUCGUCCUAGGAGGAGAACACGCUACUCGCCGUAACUUUUCCUCCUUUGCCUCGAAAUUAAAACUCAUCAACAGCUAUGGACCUGCUGAGUGCUCUAUCUGGACUAAUUGCGCCGCAGGAGUUAAGCCCGACGCAGAUACAGGGAAUAUUGGCCCAAAAGUCGGCUGCAAUCUCUUCGUGGUAGCAAGAGAUGAUCAUAAUCAGCUUCUUUCUCUGGAGGAGGAAGGUGAACUGGUUGUUGAAUCUCAUGGUCUUGCCUUAGAGUACUUAUCAGACCCCCAGAAAACAGCUCAAUCUUUCAUUGCCAACCCUCCUUGGCUCCCAGUUGAUCCGGGUCAAAUUAGAAGGAUAUACAAAUCUGGUGAUUUAGCGAUAGCUAACCGCGAUGGCACAUUUAAGAUUAUAGGCCGCAAAGACAAACAGGUCAAAUUCCACGGGCAAAGGAUCGAGCUUGGUGAGAUCGAACACCACAUCGCCGGGCAUCCCGAGAUUAAACAUGUUGCUGCAUUUUUAAUCAAAAAAGGACCUUGUAACAAUAGUUUGGUUGCUAUUUAUACCCCCGUGUUAUCAACAGUCUCCGAAGUGCACGCAGAUAUCAAGCUCGUAUUACCAAAUUUUAUUAAUCCAGUAAGACGAUUAAAUUCGGAACUGGGAGAAAUGUUAGGGAAAUCUAUUCCCUCAUAUAUGAUACCGCGGUUUUUUAUUCCAGUUCAAUAUAUCCCUCUCAUGACGUCUGGGAAAAUUGAGAGAGCAACUCUGCAGCGAUGGGUUGAGUCUAUGGAUGAGAAGCUUUUUGCUGAUUUCUUGGAUCUUACAUUGGACACUUCGAGCACCGAGACUCCAAAGACUGACAUAGAAAAGAUACUUCAUCAGAUGUGGUGUGAUGCUCUUAACUUGAAUCAUAGCCAAGUGAGCAUAAGGAAGUCUUUUCUUGAGUCUGGAGGAGAUUCCAUAAGUGCGAUGAGAGUUGCCUGGCUAUGCAAGAAGAGAGGAAUAAUGGUCACUGUUCAGGAUGUCAUCACUUGCCAAUCUAUAUCUGACCUUUCGUUGCGAGCAUUGCGUCAAGCAAAGGAUACGCAGGUAACGGAAAGAAAUAUCGACUUACACCCAGUAAACCCCAACAUCCCAUUCCAUCUAUCCCCGAUACAAAAACUUUUCUUUGCUUCUGCAAAAGAGACGAGGUUGGAAGAACUCAAUCAUUUCAACCAGAGCUUUAUGAUGGAGGUGCGACGAGAGAUAUCCCCUAAUAGUAUUGAAAAAGCUGUCAUAAAGCUUGUCCAAUUGCAUGAUAUGCUACGUGCUCGAUUUCAACAACAUUCUUAUGGCAUCUGGGCACAGGAUACCACCAAUACUAUUGAGAACUCUUAUAGAUUCAAUUCGCAUACUUUAGACGGCCUCCACUCCAUCAGAUCAUUAGUAGUGGACAGUCAGCUAGCCCUCAACAUCUUGCAUGGACCUCUGAUUUCAUUCGAUAUUUUCCAUAUCACAGGUCGGCAAUACCUCUUUGCUACAGCACACCACUUAGUGAUAGAUUUGGUGUCCUGGAGGGUUAUAUUUGAUGACCUGGAAGAACUACUAAAAAAUCCAAUGAGUCAAAUUCCGAAAGGAAUUCCCUUUCAGCAAUGGCUAAAUUGUCAGAGAGAUCAUGCAUUCAACAAGUUAGACCCGCCAAAUAUGCUACCAGAGCUACCACAAAAACCUAGACCUGCGUUCUGGGGAACUGAGUGUGAACAAAAUAUGUUCAAAGAUACAAGAGAAGUUUCUUUUGAGAUGAAUGAGUUACAAACGGCUCAUAUACUUGAAACCUGUACCAAGGAACUUGGAAUAACACCUUUGGACGUCUUUAACGGCUGCGCCCUUUACUCAUUCAAUGUUGUAUUCCCCGAGAGGAUAGAACCAACCCUCUUCAAUGAAGGCCAUGGGCGUGAACCUUGGUCAACCGAUAUUGACAUAAGUCGUACGGUAGGCUGGUUUACCACGAUGUUCCCAAUUACGGUUCCUCGAACUACCAAUCAUGAUGUUCUUCUCACCUGUAUGGCCGCUAGAGAUUACCGCACGAAACUACAUUCAAAUGGCUGGGGUUAUUUUACAUCCCGAUUUUUACAUCCUGAAGGAAUUGAGCUAUAUGGUAGCCAAUACCCAGAAAUCCUAUUGAACUAUUAUGGCCUUUACCAGCAAUUUGAGCACCCUAAUUCCCUCUUUCGCCCAGCGGAGCAAAAUUUCUAUGACCUAGAUGUGAAUUCUCUUUCCCAUCGAUUCUCUUUGGUCGAUAUUUUGAUUGGCGUGGAGAAAAACCGUUUACACUUUAAUAUGAUCUUCAACAAGCAUAUGAAACAUCAAUCCCGGCUGGAUGAAUGGGUUAAUGCUUAUCGGAGAAGCAUUAUUCAAGUUAUUGGCAUAGUUACAAUGAAGCUAACGACCGGAAACUCCCUAACUUAUCCAAUUGCCCCGGAAGAUCGAACACAAUUACACGCCCUACGUGUAGACCCAGAAACUAUGGUUGAGGAUAUUUAUCCUUGUUCGCCAAUACAAGAGGCUAUUCUAAACAGCCAAACCGAAAACCUGGGAUUCUAUCGAGUCAAAUGUCGUCUUCUGUCCGCUUGGGAUACCCUUGUGGGCAUUCAUUCUGCACUCAGAACAGUGUUCUUAAAUACUGAUUCCAAUCAGUGUUCGUACUACCAAGUCGUAAUCCGGUCGGAUUACGUGAGGGAAAUCAAAGAAAAUCUACCGUACAGCAUUGAUUUCACCACUAAAAAGAAUGAGGAUUGCAUAAUUUGCACGCUGAAUAUCUCCCAUGCUUUAAUAGAUGGAAGUUCAAUCUCCAUCAUACUGAAAGACUGGGCUUCGGCUUAUGAUGGUGGCCUUCAGCAAGGAACGAGACCUUCAUACCGCAAAUAUAUUGACUACCUAAGUUCAAAGUCUGAAUUUGACAGUGCUGCGUACUGGAGGCGAUAUCUGAAAGGUGUACGGCCGUGUAUAUUCCCAACAACAUAUACCACCGCCAGCCAACCGAGAAACAUUCACUUAACUCAUUCGACUACACUUUGUUCAAGUGCUACGCUUACUAGCCUUUGUCACGCAAUUGGGGCCACCUCAACUUCUGUUCUUCUAUUUGUCUGGGGUCUUAUAGUACGGCACUAUGUUGCGAUUGAUGAAGUAUGUUUUGGCUACCUUGUAUCUGGUAGAGAUCCCUCCGUGGAAGGUGUGGACAGUAUUGUUGGCCCUUUUGUACACAUGCUUCCUUGCCGAUGGAAAGCAAUCGCUUCUGAUACUGCCAAGGAUGAAGUUGAAAGACUUCAAAUGAAUUUCUUUGAAGCAUUGCCUUAUCAAGAGUUCAAAUUGUCCUUGAUGCAAAAGGAAGCUGGGCUUUCCGGAAAUCCACUGUUCAAUACAGCUCUAUCAUUUCAACAGAAUGCCAGUACAUCCCAAAAGCUCGAUUCAUCCAUUCAUUUCGAAGAUGUUGGCGGAGCGGACCCUUCGGAGUAUGCCAUUGCAGUGAAUUUCGAGGAUGACGGAAAGGGAAUUCAACUAACUCUUAACUUCUGGGAGAGUGAAAUAGAGGAGGACAAGAUAUCUAAUAUUGCAUCGAUGCUGAAAAUGGCUUUAAAUACAUUUUCUGAAAACCCAAAAAUCACUAUCGCCAGCCUCGAUGAUCAGUUGCUCAAAAUGAUACAUAGGGAAUACAUGAAGCGUCAACCACAACUUAUCAUCCAACCAGACAAGACAUGCACUCACUUACUAAUUGACAACCAUGUUCGAGCGUUCCCCCAUUCAGAAGCUAUUCGCACAACAUCUUCCCAGUUUGCAUAUUCUGAGCUACACGACCUAUCUUCCAGGCUAGCGAGCUUAAUAUGCAAAGAAACUCCAGCCCAGGAUACGGUUGUGGCAUUAGGCUUUAUAAAGGGUCCCUUGACAGUCAUUGCCAUGUUGGCUUGUCUGAAGGCAGGCCGUCCGUUCCUUAUGCUCGACCUGAGGCAGCCAGUAGAAAGGCUGGAGUAUAUGUUAGCAGUGUCUGAAGCAAGCCUCCUUUUGUAUCAAAAAAAUUCCGCUGACUACUCCUUUGAUGCCUUCCACACCGUGGCCAAGGCCAGUGUCUCAUUCGAUGUAAUAAGAGCACUACCACAGCUGGAAGAGGAGAAAUACUGUAUGGAUCCGAACGUCCGUGCCUAUGUUAUCUUUACUUCUGGUAGCACGGGAAGACCUAAGGGAAUCGAAGUCACAAACAAGACGCUCUCAAACGGAGUCACAAAUCAUGCAAGAGCAUUAGGGAUAGAAAAAUCGUCACAGGUAUUGCAAUUUUCAUCCUACAGCUUUGAUGCUAGUAUUGUUGAAAUUAUCACAACUCUGGCGACAGGGGGGGUGGUCUGUAUACCAACUGAGGUAGAACGGGAAGACCUUCCAUCUGCCAUCAAUUCUCUCUAUAUAGAUACCGCCAUAAUCACACCGUCUGUUGCAAAGAUUCUACAGCCAAACGAGAUACCAGGACUGAGGACUCUAGUCUUGGCUGGGGAAGCCAUGACAGCUAGUAUUCUCGAGAUGUGGGCACCCAAGGUCAAACUAAUUAACGGCUACGGGCCAUCAGAAUGUUGUGUUUGCUGCUCUGCUAGUGAAAUGAGUGUGAACUCGGAUCCACGGUGCAUCGGACGGCCACUAGGGAGCCAUAUAUGGAUUACCAACUCGCAAAAUCAUGACCUACUAAUGCCUGCUGGAGAAAUUGGGGAACUGGUGGUACAAGGGCCCAUUCUUGCACAGGGCUAUCUUAAGGACCCUGAGAAAACCUCUGAUGCCUUUGUCAUUGAACCCAAUUGGAUGAAGCUGAUCCCAAACCCGACUGGAACUCCAAGACGCAUCUACAAAACAGGUGAUUUAGCUUGUUUGCAAAGGGAUGGGACGCUCCUAUUUAUUGGGAGAAAAGACACACAAGUCAAGAUACGAGGCCAGCGUGUGGAACUAGGAGAAAUCGAGCAGAGGCUUUCGCUCCUAUACACUAACUCGAACUUGAUUGCAGCGGUUCCCACAAAAGGCCUAUUCAAAAAGCAAAUUGUCUGCAUUCUCCAGGUGACAGAAAGCCUUACAGUAAAAGAUACCGGCAAUGAUAUCAUUCCCCUACAGGCACACUUAGUGACGGAGGUACGUGAACAAGUCAGCAGAAUUUGUUCGAAUCUAGAAACAAAAUUGCCAUCGUACAUGAUUCCAAGUGUAUGGCUCGGCUUCAGUAAAGUCCCACUUCUGCCUUCCGGGAAAAUAAACCGAUCAAUCCUUCAUUCAUACCUGAACGAAAUAGGUGAGGAGAUGGUCUCUCUGGUUCGGCUUGAUAAUGAACCGGAAGAGAUUGAUUGCGAUCGCCCUCUAAAUGAGAGAGAACUACAUUUCCAGCAACUAUUAGGCAAACAUUUCGGUUGUGAUUCAAUGUAUAUUGACAUGACCAAAUCGUACCUAGCACUAGGAGGAGACUCUAUCUCUGCUAUGAGGUUCAUUUCAUCCUGCAAAAAUGAAGGCAAAACGUUUCGUCUUCUCGAACUGCUCCAAGCCCCGAAUAUGCUUCACAUGGCACGGAUGACCUCUGAAGUUAUUCCGGUGAAUACUUCUAGGGCUAGCAGCAUGGCUAUUCACAAGUCUGAUACUGGUCAUUCCACGAAGAACUCAGAGGAAGCAAUCUUUCCAUGUUCAGAUACGCAGAUUUCAAUCUUGAAGAGCCAGGUUAGAGACCCUCGCCUUUAUAUUGCAAAGGCUGUCUGGUUGUUUACCACCCAUGAUGGAUAUCUCGACGUCGGCCGGUUACGCGAUGCCUGGAUUGAAUGUGCCAGAAAGUCAGAUGUUUUGAGGGUCAGGUUCUUCGAGGUUGAUGGAACAUAUAAACAAAUCAUUAGCCCAGAAUCGCUCAAUGAUCCAACCAUUAUAGCGUCGGAGAGCGCAGACCCGUUGACAAGCUUAGUUAGCCACGGCCCGAUUACCUGUGGGGGAAAUUCACCACCGUGCCGAUUUUUGAUCAUGCCAGUCGAUAAAAAGAAUGCUCUCUGCCGCCUUGAUAUCAACCACGCCAUUACUGAUGGUACCUCAAUCUCAAUACUCCUUGACAACCUGCUAAGUGCUUAUCAUCGUAGACCGACAUUCACUGAGGAUGGAUUUCGACAGUACAUCACACGCUGUUUAACCAACACUACCGGCGAUUCUUCCAUAUACUGGCAGAAGUAUAUGAAGUCCAUGCCAGCCUGCAACCUGAACGGUUUUAGGCAGAAAGAAGCUUCGCAUAUUCAUACUCUCGGCUUUGACACCUCAGCACAGGCAGCUGAAUCAUUCUGUAGGCAGCGUGGCAUUACACUCUUCAGCCUUCUAGGACUGGUAUGGGCAAUGACCCUUUGCGCAGAGACUGGAUCUUACGACGUGAGCUUUGGAUAUAUAAGUUCUUGCCGAAAUGAGCCCUGGGAGGAAGACAUUAUGGGACCUCUGAUCGCAUGCCUACCAUGCAGAAAACAUCUUCGUGGCGCCGAAACCAUCAAGGACGCACUGAACGAUCUGCAAAUAGACUUCGCGCAUGGUUCACAGGCCGGCCAAGAAGGCUCGGGACUUCGGCUAUUUGACGCCCACUCUCGAGCGUUUAAUACGCUUAUCAAUUUUCGAAACUUCGCCGAAAGUUCCCAUACCGAUAUAACAGACAUUAAAGUCAAGCAUGAGUUCAGUCAGGAUCCAAUGGAUUUCGAUGUCGUGUUCAGUGGUCACGUAGACAAAGAUCGGAUAGUUCUUGAACUAUCAACCUGGCGCGAAAGCGAUGAGGCGACUCAGCAGUUGCUAAGGACCGUGCAGGACAUCUUUAAGCAGAUAACCCAAGAAAAAUCGGCUACAAUAGAUGGUAUCUUGAAGUCCUUCAGAAAAUAG